AUGGUUGCCAUCUAUGAGAUACUGCCCACUGAGCUCUGGGAUUUAAUUCUUCCCUUCCUCCCGUUGCCUGACCUCGAGGCAUUCCAACUGACCUCGCAGUACUCCCGCAAGGUCGCUCAGAACCGCCUCCAAAUCCAGCGAGACUUGUUCCGCCGAGCUUCAACCUUCAAAGUGGAUGGAUUCUGCGAGCUAGGGCCUGUUCCCUGGUUUGCGCCAGUGCUCCAGGUACUCCGUGAGCCAUUCUUUGGAUCUUACAUCCAAGCGCUGGACACGGACGUCUUCAAAGUAGACACGACACUUGCCAUAUGCUUAAAAAAUGAGCCCGGGAGUACUAGACGCGACUUUGUGUCUGAUUCCGACCUGUCAGUCCUUCUUCAGGCGGCCCAAAGAUGCUUCACCGACUGGUUCGAUAUUCCCGAGCACCCAGAGUAUCGGGAGAGUUUCUUCAGCGAUGUCAAUAAUUUGGACUCUUCGGCACUCCUCGCUAUUUUAGUCUGCCAUCUUCCAAAUCUUCUUGUCCUCACACUCUCUUCCGAGUGCUAUGGUGGCAUGGUGGAGGUCCCAUGGCUUUCAAGGUUGGCUCAGCGCAUUCAUGUGCGACCCGAUGCACCACUCCUCGGCUGUAAACCCCUUUCUCGUCUCGAGCAUAUAAAGGGGGAUUCAUACAACGGCUUCUAUGGCUUAGACUUUGAGUGCAUCGCUCCAUUCAUCGCACUCCCAAGUGUGAGAUGGCUUGAAACGCCGCAGAACCAGGAAGGGGGGUUUGACUGGCCAUCUUACCUCCCCCGGUCCAAUAUCAGAGAGAUUGUGCUUGAUGGCAGUUCAAUCCCGGAGAAUGUCAUCAGGGAAUUUGCCGCAGAGGCCCUAAAGGGCCCCUGUGUCAUCAGGCAGGCGUGGACUGUCAGGAGAGAUGGCGAAACGCCUUACCCAACAUGGAACCGACUGGAAAUUCCUUUUGAAGGGGCCAAGGCGGAGGACCAUAUAGUAGAAUUCAGACUAGACAGAGAUCCAUACAUGGUACCAUAUGGUGACGUAUGGUACUCGAAUAUCGGAUGGGAGGUCAAGGGUGGAGGGACGCUCGGGGAGAGGCCAGUUCUGGACGGGGCUUGUUGGCAAACCCCAAAAAGAGAUUAA